AUGUCUAAUGACAGCAUGAUGGACGCGGAGUAUGAGAGAGAAAAGGCGCAGGAACGCGAGGCGGAACGAGCGCGGCAGCAGCGGCUGAGAGACAGGGUACCAGGAAGGAAACCUACCGGGAAGACCAAAGCUGGGGAUAUCGAUGCCGUACUCAACGAGAUUAGGGGAGAAUGGGAGGUAUGCAUGGACCCGGACUUCAAACCGGUAGAACUUGCCUUGCAACUGCUGGACCAAUCGUCAUUGGGGAAGGAUAUUGACUCGUUCCGGCGUACUAAGGACUUGCUGUCGAAUGCUCUGAAAGGGUCGGUGGACAAGUACUACCAGGCAUUUGCCGGUGCACUACCCCAUCAUGCCGCACUCCUGAGCCAUCUUGGGACAACUCAGGACCAAGUUCGGGAUGCACGAACUGCCCUGCAAGAAGCAAAGGACACCCUAGGCAGCAAACGUGCCGACCUCGUUCAACUCUGGUCUAGGAGUCAAACUGUUGACGAGAUGAUGCGUAUACUUGAUCAGAUUGAACGCUUAAGAGCUGUCCCAGACGCCCUGGAGAGCUUGAUAUCAGAGAAGCGACUGCUACAGGCCGCAGUGCUACUGGUACGAAGUCUGAAGCUGAUCAACAAGCAGGAUAUGUUGGACGUUGGUGCGGUGUCCGACCUACGCAGCUAUCUAGUGGCGCAAGAGGCGGCACUUCGAGAAAUUCUAGUCGACGAACUUAAUAGCCAUUUAUAUCUCAAGUCAUUUUGGUGUGAAUCACGAUGGGCAGUCUACACUCCUGGCCAACAAUCAUGUGAGUUAUGUGCUCGACUUCACACUGUUUACCCUGGUUCUGACAUGAAAGACCCAUCGCCCUCCUCACCCAUUUCCCGAUCUACGUCAAUCAGCAAGUUCUUAAUGGACCUCACCGUACGCCCGAACGACCCUCCAUACGCCCUCGACGAGCAGAACUAUCGCGACAGUACUUCUGGAGCCGCUUUGGCGGCAUCUGCAAGUUCUGGCGCGCUAGGGAUGUCAGCUGCUCAGUCAUCAAUAUCGCUCGCUGGCAUGCUUACCGGCACUGGCAUGCAAGUACCACCCCCACAAAAUCCCGAGGCCGACUCGUUUUCCUAUAUCGAGACGCUGUUGGAGGCACUCGCAGUCCUCGGAAGGCUGGGAAGCGCCCUCGAUGUCGUCGCACAGAAGCUACCACAGGAGAUCUACUCGGUUGUGGAGUCGACCUUGGACGAGGUGGAAGAGAGAGCAGAAUUCGGCCGACGAAAUUCUGUGAUAACAUCUGGCUCUGGCGCAGGGAGACUGGACAGCAGCCUUCUGCUCACUGGUCCGGGGGCAGUGUCGAGCAUGGCUAUGGGCACUGGCAUCACCGGGGUAUCCGUGGCGCCAGGAUCGGCUGUGGGUGCUCUAACUAAUAGAGCGCCACCGCUUAAAGCUACGGCCCUGCGGCUGGCUGCUCUGGAGGCGUCUACGAAGUAUACCGACCAGGAGACCUUGCGAGACUUCUUCUGGACACUCUAUUCCAAGCUAGAUGCUGUAACGCAAGGACUGCGAGUGGUAUAUGAGGUGUCGAAUCGAAUAGGUUCGAGACGAAACUUCAAAGACUCUUCAGGGGCGAAACCUGGUUCUCUUUUCCCACUCGCGGAAGUGUGGAUGCCGAUACAAGCGGAGGUGAGGACCCUUAUCGGUGACUAUGUAACCGACGAGGAACAGGGUACAGUAUCCGGAAGGAACCCUAUCUCCUCAAUCAACGAAGUUCUCCGAGAAGGGAAGUUCACUAGAGACAAGAGCAAGCCCGUCUUCAGAUUCGCAGACACCGAUGCGAAAUACAGCAUCAAGGCGCUCAAAUCGCACGAAGACGAGCUCACUCGAGUGCUCAGAGACACCGUGCCUGGUCUGGUCCAGGGUUCCGCAGACAAUGCCGUACAGGCGACGCUGUCUGCUGUCGGGACAGACGAUCGGUUGUCCGGGACCAGUCAACACCACCGUGUCCUGAUUCGCCCGGACGCAUUCCACGUCAGCAUGCUGUUCCAGCCAACGCUGGCGUGGCUGGACCGCAUAGCGGAGGUCCUACCCUCUGGCAUGGAGGCGGCACGGUCAACAAGCAUGGUGCUGGAGGACUUCGUGCUGGACGUGUACUUACCGCAGCUAGAAGACAAGGUCUCCGAGUUGUUCCAUCAAGCGGUGACGAGUCCAGAUGCUUUCGAGCCUGAUCCUGCCACGAACAAACUGUCGCCGCAGCCGCUUGUCAAGGCAAGCGUACAGGUCAUGGCUCUGAUCAACUCACUAUGUGCCAUGCUCCGGACGACGCCGUUCCAUCGAGAGAACUACUCGCGACUUAUCCUGACAGUCAUAGGCCAGUUCUAUCAGCGGUGUAGCGAUCGGUUCUACGACCUCGUCGCUGUCAGAAACAACAUGCAGCCAGACGCAGCCCCGAGGAUAGUUCUUGGUGCGCAGUGGGCGCAGAAGGCAGAUCUCGGCGCAUGCCUGUCGGAACUGCUGAGGAUCAUUGGCGAAGACUCGGAGUCCGCUAAGAAGCUCCGGCUCUGUCGACAGGAAGCGCACCUCGAGCAGGCCCUGUUGGGCGAACAGACUAUCUCCAAGCAGGACCUGAUCUCGUCCGCGCGGAACAUGUCUAGCCUGGCGAGCCUGUAUCGCAGUGUCACGUGGUUCUUCAACGAACUGGAUGCUCUGAAGUCAGCUCCAGAAAGUGCGCUCUCACCAACAACACCGCUGCGCCUCGAACCCGUCAGCGCAGUGACCCCGUAUACCCCAUACCUCCCCGCCAUUGCUCCCGUACAAGCGAAUGAACCGCUCAGCCUACCGCUCUCCUCCGCUAUGGCCAUGCGAUUCCAGGCACUGCACAUGACAUACGCUCAACUAGCGGAGCUCAUUCUGUACGCGCUGCGCAUCGACAUCCGGUGCCGCGCUACGCACUACAUCGACCUUGCGCUGAGACAUGGAAUUUACAAAGUCGACCGCGAGGUUGGCGAGCCCGACCCGAACGUGAUCGACCUCAAUGUCGAGCUCAGCAAAUGCGACGACUGGGCGUCGUCAACGCUUCCUGAGCGAGAACGGAGAUAUGUGUUCGAAGGCCUGCCGCACCUCAUGGAGCGUCUCCUGAUCUCGAACGCGCGGCUCAUCCGCUCGCUGAACGCCUUCGGUAUCAAGAAGAUGAACCGGAACAUGCUCGCGCUGCAGCAGAACAUCAAGACGAUCACCCAGAACAGCGACGACGUCGAGUUCGAACGCGCGAAGCGGUACUACUCGCUGUUCUCCAUGUCGCCGCAGGACAUGCUCGACAGCAUCCGCAAGAAGCAGGAGUUCAGUUUCGACGAGUACAAGGCGAUGUUGGACCUGCAGUGCGGCGUCGACCCGACAAACAGCGAGCAGAGUGCUGCGCAGGCCACUGACCGUAACUACAGCCUGUACGUUAUCGACCUGCACGGCCUCGAGCUACAGGACGCCGUGGACGAGGUCUCGUCAUGA